AUGGCGCGCGCGCGCGCGACGGGCGCGGACAUCGUCCUCGAGCGCCGGGCGCGGGCGUCGGGUCGCGCGCGCGCGCGCGUCGGUCGCGGGCGAGGGAUUCGUGCGUCGAGUGGUGAUUUCUCAAAAAACAACCUCGAGCGCAUUCGUGACGCCGCGUCGUCGCUCCCGAUCGGAGCGUGCGCGGAGGACGUGUUGAAGGCGUUGGAUGAGUCUCGGUGCGUCGUCGCGCAGGCGCCGCCGGGGGCGGGGAAGACGACGGUGAUUCCAUUGUUGAUCGCGGCGGCGCGCGCGGAUGGGUGGUCGGCGUCGCGCGGCGACGACGCGCGCGCGGGUCAUGAUGGGCGUAGAGGCGGUGGGAAGACGGUGCUGGUGCUGGAACCGAGACGAUUGGCGGCGAGAGCGGCGGCGACGCGAAUGGCGGCGACGCUGGGGGAGAAAGUCGGGGAGAGCGUGGGGUACGCCGUGCGGUUUGAGCGCAAAGCGAGCUCGCGGACGGUGGUCGAGGUGGUCACCGAGGGGGUGUUGAUGCGGCGAUUGCGAAGAGAUCCCGAGCUCGCCGGGGUCGGGGCGGUGAUUUUUGAUGAGUUUCACGAGCGGCAUUUAGAUGGAGACCUUGCGUUGGCGCUGUGUCGGGAGGCGCAGCGGACGAUUCGGCCGGAUUUGCGUUUGCUCGUCAUGAGCGCGACGCUCGGAGCGGUCGGGACGCGCGUGGCUGACCUCUUAAGAGACGACGCCGGGGAGGAGGGCGGGAGUGAGGAUGUGCCGAUCAUCGUCAGCGAGGGACGGUCGUAUCCGGUGGAGACGAUUUACAUGGGUCCGCCGGGUGUGGGAUUCGGUGAGCUCGAGCGCGCUGCGACGAAGGCGGUGAAGGAGGCGAUUCGGACGACGCCCGACGGCGACGUGCUCUGUUUUCUUCCGGGCGCGGCGGAAAUCAAUCGUGUGGUUAGAGAGUUACAGGGAGAGUUGCCGAAUAACGUCACGGCGUUGCCACUGUACGGUGCGCUGUCUCAGGAGGAUCAAGCGCUCGCUCUUGCGCCGUCAAAACCUGGCGCGCGGAGAGUCGUCGUGAGUACACCCAUCGCCGAGUCGUCGCUCACAAUUAGCGGGGUCAAAAUUGUGGUUGAUUCUGGUCUGUGCAAAACGCCGCGAUUCGACCCGAGGAAAGGGAUGACUCGACUCGAGCUCACUCGCAUCUCGCGUGCGAGCGCGGAUCAGCGACGCGGUCGUGCCGGUCGCGUCGCCCCGGGUGUGUGUUAUCGCCUCUGGAGCGAGUCGAUGAAUGAAAAGUUGGCGCCAGACACGACGCCUGAGAUACUGCAAGCUGACCUGGCGCCCGUGGCGCUGGACUUGGCGACGUGGGGUAUUCGUGACGCGAACGAGCUCGCGUGGUUGGACCCACCGCCCGAGGGGCCGCUGAUCGCGGCGAGACGGCUGCUGCGCGAACUCGGAGCGCUGAGCGGCGAAGACGUCGUCGCGCCAAGCGCGCUCGGACGAGUCAUGUCCGAUCUCCCGUUGCACCCGAGAAUGGGAAGGAUGCUUCUUUUUGGUGCGUCGCGCGGCGCCGAAAGUGCGCGACUGGCGUGUCAAAUCGCCGCCGUGCUCGGCGAGCGGGACUUGAUUUCUGGCAGAGACGCGCCGCUGGAUGUGCGGUGCAGACUUCGAGCGCUGUGGGGACAGGAUCCGCUCGGGAGCUUGAGCACCGGUAUGGAUUCCCCAACGCCGUCGACGUCGUCGAACACGGCUGCGCCUACGCGAGUGUCUAUCGAUACGAAACUUCCUAAGGGCGGAAAGAGGAUCAAGGGCGCGCCACGAGGGAAGCGACCAAACGUGAAUUCGGCAGUGAACGUCGCAACAAACGGCGCGAGCGGCGGGAGCUGGAACGUCGAUGAUCGCGCGGUGGAUGAGGCGAAAAAAGUCGCGGAACAGCUGUUCAGUCAGAUUCGUCAGCUGACGACGACGCAUCCGGAUCUAUGCGCGACGGGCGUCGGCCAAGGCGAUCCCACCGGCCCGGUGUGGCCGUUCCUGUGCGGUGCGGGCGAGAGCGAGGUAGGUCUCUUGCUCGCUCUGGCGUAUCCCGAUCGCAUCGCCGCGCGUAAAAGCCGCGGUGGUGCAUUCUCGCUAUCCGGCGGCGGUGCCGCGAGCGUAGGACCGGAUCACAAAGACGACGCACUGUUGCAGUACGCGGACAAGUCGUCGGAGACGCUUGUCAUCGCCGAGUUAGCGGGCGACGGAGCGGGAAAUGCUGGCGCGAGGAACGAUCGCGUGCGCGUGGCCGCUCCUAUCGAUAGAUCAUGUUUCGACGGUCCAGAUGGCGCUCUCUUCGAAGCGCUCGCCGAAGAGAGGGAUGAAAUAUUUUGGGCGAGUGCGUCUAAAUCAGUCCUCGCUCGAAGACGUCUCACCGUAGGCUCGCUUGCGCUUCGGGAGUUGCCGUUAUCGAUGAAGGACGACCCGGAUGCGACGGUGAGCGCGAUGCUGGACGGAAUACGAGAGAUGGGAUUCGUUAACGCGUUCAGUCUGAAUCAAACCGCGAAAUCGUGGCUUCGACGUUCCGAGUUCGUUCAUCGGAGUGGUGUUGAUCCAACAUUUCCAGACGUCUCCGAGGAGAGUCUCCUUCGCACCGCGCCGGAGUGGCUCGCGCCGUGGAUCGGUGGUGCGACGUCAAAAUCUGAUUUAUCCAAGAUUGACGUCAUGUCUCUGAUCAAGGCGCAGUUCGCGACGCACGAUCACCUUCGUCUCGUCGAGAAUUUGUGCCCAGCGACGACGACGCUUCCGAGCGGAACGAAAGUCACCGUCGAUUACGAAGGUGACGUUCCUAUCGUCGCCGCCAAGAUUCAAGAAUUCUACGGCCUCGUAUCGACGCCACUCAUAGGAGGUAUCCCAUGCGAGCUCCAUCUCCUCUCCCCGGCCGGGCGGCCGCAGGCGAUCACGCGCGACAUCGCGAGCUUUUGGGCGGGCGCCUAUGUGGACAUCGCCAAAGAGCUCCGAGGUCGCUACCCGAAACACUUCUGGCCCGACGAUCCCGCGAACGCCAAGCCCACGAGCAAGACGAAAAAGUUCAUGUAA